CGCAUGCGCACUAUGAAGUAUAUUGAUUCUAUAUCUUCCUUCUUACGUACAUUUUGCUUUUGGUUCAAUCAUGGUUCAAAAUAUAUCAGACGUUUUGUUUAAUGUUGGAUUUAUGUAUUUGGUGGAAAUAUACGACUUUUUAGAAAAUUCUUUGUGGAAGUUUCACGUUCUAAAACUUUUAGAUAUAUAAGUAGCAAUGUACUAUAUCCUACUGUUGUAGUAAACAUCCGAUCAACACGGUCCAAAACAUAGAAUUAGGUGAUUGGGAAUAUCAUUGAAUAUUGGUUUGAGUUAGUCAUGACGCUCGGUGCUUUACUCUUGACUGCCGCGUACUUUUUACACUGUGAAGGUGCUGUAGUGAUAAAUAGAGAUGUCCUCAAUGAUCGUCCGAUUCUUGGUGUCUUAUCACAGGAGCAAUCCUUGUAUCUCCACUCGAAAUUUCCAGAAGAAAAUUAUACGAGUUACAUAGCCGCCUCAUACGUGAAAGAUAUUGAGAAAUCUGGUGCAAGAGUGGUACCGAUUUUAAUCGGUAAAGAUCGGUCCUACUACAGGGAUAUCAUGGGCAAGAUUAAUGGAGUUCUCUUUCCGGGCGGCGCUACAUAUUUCAACCAGUCGCACGGUUACGCUGAUGCCGGUCAACAUAUCUACGAACUUGCUCAAGAAUUGAACAACGCUGGCGACUACUUCCCGAUUUUCGGAACUUGUCUCGGGUUCGAGCUGCUGCUUAUAUUGGCUUCUGGUCGCGGACAAAAGGAGAAUCGGAUCACAUGCCGCUCAUAUGAAAAUCGUCCACUUAAUUUUACGCAAAAUUUUCGCAAAAGCAAAAUGUUUCGGGAAGCAUCGGAAGAUAUUAUUGAUAUUCUGAAGAAUAAAGAUGUCACUGUAAAUGUUCAUCAGUUCUGUAUAGUUGAUGAUAAUCUGAAGUCUCAUAAUCUCACGAAAGACUGGCGCGUCACUUCUUACAGUAAUGAUGAAAACGGUGUCAGUUUCGUUGCAAGCAUCGAACAUAAAAGAUAUCCAUUCUACGGAGUUCAAUUCCACCCAGAGAAGAGCUCGUUCGAGUGGAAACUUUCAAAGAAUUACGCCCACUCCUUUGAAGCUGUGAAAGCGAAUAGAUAUUUUAUGGACUUCUUCGUGAAUGAAUGCCGGAAAAGUCAGCACUCCUUCGCCAAUGCAGCGGAAGAGAACAGAUAUUUGAUCUACAAUUACGAACCUCGCUUCACUGGUGUACUUGGCAGUUCCUAUCAACAGUGUUACAUGUUUGAGCCCAGAGGAACCGUUGACGAAUAAUAAACGUACCUAUACAGGGUGUUACCAGAAUACUAGCAAAAACUUAGUGAUAUCAUUAUACUACCUUAACACAAUCCAAAGCCAAUAACCAUUUGCCUUAUCUUGUAGUUUUAG